AGUAUGACAUCAACAUCUAAAGGAAUUUUCCGACCAUUUUUAGUUAUCUGCAUUGUGUUUAUCUGUUUCAUGAUAUGUUUACUGAUAUAUGUGAAGCCAACAAACAACUGGAUCUCCAGCCCUAUAGAAUCAGCUAACACUGUCCUUAAAAUGAAGAAAUUUUUCUCCUCUAAAAAUGAACCCAUCAAUGAAACCAUCAUUCUUAUUUGGGUGUGGCCUUUUGGACAAACAUUUGAACUCAAAUCUUGUCAGACUUUAUUUAAUAUACAUGGAUGCCAUUUAACUACCAACCGUUCACUGUACCACAGAGCAGAUGCUGUUCUUAUACAUCAUAGAGACAUAAGCUGGGAUCUGACUAACUUACCCCCACCAUCUAGGCCACCUUUUCAGAAAUGGAUUUGGAUGAACUUGGAGUCACCAACUCAUACACCACAAACAAGUGGCAUUGAGAACUUAUUUAAUCUGACUUUGACCUACAGACGUGACUCAGAUAUUCAAGUGCCCUAUGGCUAUUUGGCUGUAAGUACACAGCCCUUUGAGUUUGAAGUGCCAAGCAAAGACAAGCUUGUGUGUUGGGUUGUGAGUAACUGGAAUCCUGAGCAUGCUAGGGUGAAAUAUUAUAAUGAACUCAACAAAUACAUUGAGAUCUUAACAUAUGGUCAAGCAUUUGGAGAGUACUUAAGUGACACAAGCCUAAUCCCUACAAUUGCUUCUUGUAAAUUUUACCUUUCUUUUGAAAAUUCCAUCCACAAAGAUUAUAUUACAGAAAAACUUUAUAAUGCAUUGGUAGCUGGAUCUGUGCCAGUCGUUCUUGGUCCUUCAAGAGAAAAUUAUGAGAAUUAUAUCCCAGGAGAUUCUUUUAUUCAUGUUGAAGACUUUCUUUCUCCAAGAGAUCUAGCAGACCACCUUCUAAUGUUGAAUAAGGAUACUGAAAGGUACCUUAGCUACUUUAAUUGGAAGAAGCACUUUACAGUUAAUCUUUCUCAGUUUUGGGAGUCACAUGCAUGCCUGGCAUGUGAACAUGUAAAAAGACAUAAAGAAUAUAAAUCUGUCAGCAAUCUAGAUAAAUGGUUUUGGAAUUAA